UCUGUCUAUCAGAGAAGCACAAAGAGAAAUCUUUUAGAAAUCCUCUCAAAAUGAAUCGCUUUGUUUUCGAUACUCUUCGAGACAUGGGAAUUUAUAUUCCCAGUGAAGCUGAUUGUUUAUACUGUGGAGACGGUUGGUUCUGCUUCUUCCACUGGCAAGAACAGAACCUCACGGUGAGACACGACAGACUGACCACUGUAUUUCAAAAACUGAAAAUGGAUCGCUUCCUUUGCGAAACUCUUCGAGAUAUGGGAAUUUAUAUUCCUGAUGAUCAAGCUGACUGUUCCUACUGUGGAGGAGGUAGGUUCUGCUUUUUCCACCGGCAACAACAAGAGCUCAGGGUGGACACACCAGAGGACUUCAGGUUGGACACACCAGAGGACUUCAGGGUGGACACACCAGAGGACCUCAGGGUGGACCAACAAGAGAUCAGGGUGGACCAACCAGAGGAGAUCAGGGUGGACCAACCAGAGGAGAUCAGGGUGGACCAACAAGAGAUCAGGGUGGACCAACCAGAGGAGAUCAGGGUGGACCAACCAGAGGAGAUCAGGGUGGACCAACCAGAGGAGAUCAGUGUGGACCAACCAGAGGAGAUCAGGGUAGAUCAAUCAGAGGACCUCCCGGUGGACCAACCAGAGGAGAUCAGGGUGGACCAACCAGAGGAGAUCAGUGUGGACCAACCAGAGGAGAUCAUGAUGGACCAACCAGAGGAGAUCAUGAUGGACCAACCAGAGGAGAUCAGGGUAGAUCAAUCAGAGGACCUCCCGGUGGACCAACCAGAGGAGAUCAGGGUGGACCAACCAGAGGAGAUCAGUGUGGACCAACCAGACGACCUCAGAACCCUGACAGAAACAGAACCAACUAUUGAAGAGACCCUACCGAUUCCUAGUACGAGUUCUCAUAUUGAAACCAUACCAAAAGAUGAGACACUGGCCAGCGAUGAUGUUAUCAGCUCUGGUAAAACAUUUGCAGGACUCAGAAAGUUGUAUGAAAACACCCCAUUAACUUUAGCAGAUCCUAUUUUGGUUGAAAUACCAGAAAGAAAUCCUUUAAUCAUCAUAAGGUUAGAUUUGUAUUCUGACGAGAUGAGAGAAUUAAUCGCUUAUAUCAAUCAACGAGCCUUGAUUGAGGUGCCAGAAACUCUGGGACCAGAAGGUCAACGUGAUCGAUUUUUUACAGAGACUGCAGAACUUUCUUCCACCAGCGAUGCAGGUCAACAGUCUUGUUGGACCGCUUUUAUUGGGUCUUGUAAGCAAACGGCAGGAAGAGUUUAUCACAAAAUUGAUGAAUUUGCUACAUCUGUCUUUGGAAGAACUGUGAUGCCGUCUCCUCAAGUAGGCCUGGCAACCGUUCUGGUGAUCCCUCUAGUGGUAGUCACAGCCAGGCGGGAGGUGUGGCGAGAAGGACCUGGCAGCCAGGUGUACUUGGGUGUGGCUGCGGCUCAGUCAAAGCAGGAAGCAGCCUACAGAUUUCUCCAGAAGAUCAGCACCGAGGGACGGAGGAGUUUGUUUUUAUCCUCUUCAAUUCACUCAGAGGAAACUCCUAAAAAAUAACGAACUAAACUAACUAAGCGUUGAAGGUUAAAACAUGUGGAAAGUUAUCCCCUUGUUAUCGGUGCUGAUCGGGGCUCUGUGUCCUGCUGCGGAGGGAAGACCUCUGCUCGAGGUGAACAACAAUCUGCAACAAUACCAGGCAGACGAACACUCAAACGUCACACUGACAGUCUGGGGUCCAGUCAACUCUUCCUCUGAUUCGCUGUACAUCAAAUUGAUUACAAUGGAGUCAGCGACGAGGAUUUAUCGGUAUGACAACAAAGAUCUGCCUGAUCCAUAUAUACAUGAUCAGUUCAAAGGUCGACUCCAGUGCGACCUCCAGCUCAGGAACGGGAGGGUUGAGUGUCUCCUGUCUGACCUGAGGCUGAACGACGCAGGACGGUAUGAGGGGAUUGUUGCCAGUAAUGGAAGAAAAAAAGUCACAAAACUGGAGCUUGAAGUCAGAGUCAGAAAACAGAACCAAGACACGAAACGUUCAAAUGUACAGACUGAAGAUGUCAAGCCUCCAAAUCAAGAAAAACUUCAAAAGCCAACACAACGGGGAAUGUUUGGGAUGUAUGCAGCACUUGUUUUAUUUGUAGGGGUAGUUCUUGUUUAUUUAAUUGUUAAAUUCUGCAAGUGUCACCCAAAUGACCCCCCUUUCAUGAAAUAACUUGCCUUAUCAUGGCUCAGUUUAUCCCUUUCUGUCAAACCAGGUUCACACUGACUGAUAAAAAAAAAAAAAACGUGAGAUUCGAAAACAUUUUUGCUGUGGCUUAAAAGUAAAAUAUCUUGUGCCCCCUGCAAGAUGCUGUAUGCUAAUCCUUAAUGUCUUUCUAGACAAAAUUCUCCUGUUAGAUGUCUGGAGACGCCCAGUGUGAACCCAGUUUUACAGUAAGGGAUAAAUGGCGGGUUGAGGAAAUGUUUGCUGUCUCAACUCACCUAUAAUAUACAAUCUGUGGCGUCCUUGGAGAUGAGAAGCAUCUCUUAAAGCUGCCACACCAUUUGAGGUAUGCGACUACCUCGUUUUCUAUUUUGUGUUGUCGCAGUAAUAAUGGUGUUAUCGCCAUUAUUGCUCUGAAUCACAAAAUAAAUCCUGAGGUAUGUAUUCCGCAGCUCAUUUGGGUUUGGUCUCAGUGCUACAUAAGUUGAAGUAGCUAUUAGCUAUUUAAAACUAAAUAGCUAAUAGUUUGUAAACAAGCUAAUCUUUGUUCUUCUAUGAAAAAGAUACAGUUUACAUUUACCUUUUGGUGGAUAUCCAAAAGCACAAGUGAGGUGAUUCCACUGAACUUGUACUAGUUGGUUACCAGUGUAAGUUUUUUUUUGGUGAAGCAACUGAAAACAGUAUUGUAUCCACAAUACAAUAUUCUGUUGUAUCACCUUUAAGUCUGAAAUGGUGAACAAAUCAUGAUGACAUACGUCCAUGUGACGACGUACGUCCAUUUGAUGACGUACGUCCAUUUGUUCACCUUCAAACAGAAACACUUCAGAUGUUACAUUUAAGUAACAUUUACAGUGACUGUUAAAACAAGUUAAGACUUCCAAACAUAUGCUACAAUGCAAGUUUGUGGUCAAGUGAGAUGCAGUCAUGGUAAAAAGAAAGUACACCCACUUUCAGUUUUAGGGCUUCACGUAUCAGAACAAAAACAUCUGGUCUCAUCAAGAUCUAACUGCAACUUUGGUAAAGCAAACAUGUUGCCUCUGGAUCAGUUUGCUUUUCUAAAGACGUCAGAGAGGCAACAUUUGCUCUGAGAAGUAAAUGUUGCUGUUUAUUUAGUCUAUUAUUCUACAGUUAGAAAUAAAAUGUGAACAAAUUGAAGGCAUUUAACCAAAAGGUUAGAGAAAAAACUAAAUACCCAGAGCUUCAUGUCAAAGUUCAUGACGAGUCAAUUAGAGAAACACUAAAGUUUUAACUGAACCACAAGUUGAGAUGUGGUUCAGUUACACUAGUUCAGCAAAAAUUUAUUUUUUAAAAAUCAAACCGAGCCUUAUUAGGUAAGGCUGGUAAUUUGGACUCAUUUUCAGAGAUCCUAGAUCCUAGGAAUAAACCAAACGAACAGUUCUUUUUACUAUGACUGCAGGCCAGACGGCCAACCAACUUUUAUUCUGAAGUUUUUAAUCUUCAAAUAAAAGGCUUUCUCAGACAUGGCAGUGCGGAUGCCCACAGGUCUCUUUGUGCCCCUGGGCAAGGCACUUAAAGCAUGUUGCCUCCCGAUCAUCAGGUCAGUGUUUGAAUGUGCAUUUGUUAGUGCAACAGGUGUGUGAGGCUGCAGUAUAAAGUCCUUUGAUUGGUCGGCACGACCUGCAAAGCUCUUCAUACGUUCAUUCACCUCUGAUUGUUUCAUGGGUUCCUCUAAGAUUUACUCAGGUUUGAUGUUUCUGAGCUUUUCUCUAGUUUCUUUUAUUUUUAGGGCUUUAAAGAAUCAAAUGUUGGUUGAAGGUUUUGGGUAAAAUAUGUGUAAUUAUUAUUUAUAAAUUGCAAAUUUAUUGACAGAAUCUGACUUGAUGUUGUUUUUAUUGUUGAUUCUAUGUUGCAUUGUAUUUUUUGUGUUUGAUUUGAUGUAAAGCACUUU